CCGCCGCCGGCAUCGCUCGGUGGCUCCGCGGCGCCUGGAUCAUGGCCCUGCGCAGCAGUUUCGCCCGGCUCCUCCGCAGGCGGGCGGGCGCGGGGCCGCAGCUGUCCCGGCAGGCGCACUCGGUGGCGCUGGUGGGAGCCCCGCUGUCCCGGGGGCAGAAACGGCGCGGAGUGGAUCACGGCCCCGCUACCCUCCGCGCCGCCGGGCUGGUGGAGCGGCUGGCUGGGCUCGGGUGCCAAGUGUACGACUUUGGAGACCUGAGUUUCGCUCAGGUUCCCAACGAUGAGCUGUACAACAACCUGGUGCUGUACCCGCGGUCCGUGGGCUUGGCCAGCCAGGUGCUGGCUGAUGCCGUCAGCAGAGCAGUAGCUGCUGGGCACAGCUGUGUCACUAUAGGAGGUGAUCACAGCUUGGCACUUGGUUCUGUCAGUGGCCACGCACGGCAGUGCCCACACCUCGGUGUGAUCUGGGUGGAUGCACACGCUGACAUCAACACCCCUCUCACAACUCAGUCUGGGAGCCUCCAUGGACAACCCCUUUCAUUUCUCUUGAGAGAGCUUCAAGAUAAAGUACCUCAACUCCCUGGCUUUUCCUGGCUAAAGCCCUGCCUGUCAGCAUCUGAUAUCGUGUACAUUGGCUUGAGAGAUGUGGAUCCUGCUGAAUACUAUAUUUUGAAGAACUAUGACAUCCAGUAUUUUUCCAUGAGGGACAUUGAUCGCCUUGGAAUCCAGAAAGUUAUGGAAAGAACAUUUGAACAACUGAUGGGCAGGAGACAGAGACCAAUUCACUUGAGUUUUGACAUUGAUGCUUUUGAUCCCUCACUGGCUCCAGCAACUGGGACUCCUGUUCUGGGCGGCCUGACGUACAGGGAAGGCAUGUACAUCACAGAGGAGAUACACAACACAGGAAUGCUUUCAGCUGUAGACAUGGUUGAAGUCAACCCACUGCUUGGAGCUUCUCAAGAGGAAGUCAGUGCAACCGCGAGUCUUGCAGUGGACGUGAUUGCGACGUGCUUUGGGCAGACAAGGGAAGGAGCACACACUGCUUUUGAGGAACUUCCACACCCAGCUCUCCAGAUGAAUCUGACAGUGAAGAGCAAGUGAGGAUUUAGGAACCCGAAGUGCUGGGUGUGCUGGACAUUACGGAGCUGUGCGGGGGCACUGGUGGAUAGAUUGUCAACACUAUUACCUUCUGCAAAUACUGUUACCUUCUCAAUUUUUAAAUAAACUAGCUUUUCCACUGAUCUGUGGUUACUUUAUGACAUACCAAGAUUUAUU